AUGGUGGAUUUUAAUACUUCUAGAGUAUUUACGAACCCAUUGGCUUGCAAAGCCACAUCUACACUUAGACAGAAGCAAUUUAUAUCUGGGCCACAUUGCUUCUUUGCAAGAGCAUCUAUUAUACCUGAUUCUCUUUGCCUCUUUUCCAAUGAUGAUACUGACAUUAAUGGUGAUAGUGAUAAUGCUCAUGAUGAAGCUGGUGAUAAAGCUGGUGAUGAUGUUG